AUGGCGCCUGCAAUGUUUUAUGCAUCUUGGUCCAAAAUGUUUGACGCAAACGCGAAAAUUCCUUCAGGAAUUUUAAGAGGAAACGUUAAUCAGUUCGGAGAUUUCGAUGAAUGCUUAGAAGUCUCGUCCGCUAAAUAUUGCCUGAUUGAAGUUGACUUAAGUAACUUGUGGAGGAAACUGGAAGAGAAUGAGAUUGAGAAUUUGGUGCAUUCACAGUACAUAAUUAAAGCCACCUACGAUGAUCCUAAACACCGUGUACCAAAUUAUUCGAUGAUAAAAUGGGGAGUCUGUAUACCGAAACUGUGUAAUAUAUCGGGAAUUUCGAAGGUGGUGUCUGAAAAGUUGGAUUUGAAAAUAAGAGCUGAAGAGGAUUUUUGUCAAUCUGGAGAUAACGAUGGGUCCAUUUCCAAGAAUACGAUGAUUUCUUUCGGUGCUCUGAUAUUCUUAACUGGAUUAGCAAGUGCAUUUAAAUUGAUUGGUGUGGGUCAUUGUUCAAAGUUAUUGGGAUGUUUCGAGAUUCAAAGUAAUUGGAUAAAGUUUAAUGAUGCGAAGAAAGAUCGGAACGAAUCGCUCGAUGGAAUCAGGGCAUUAAGUGCUUUGGCGUUACUCAUGUCACAUAAAGCUAUGGUCCAAUUGUUCGGUCCUUACGUGGAUGGAUAUAAAGUUGCGGAACAUUUCGGUCAGAGUUGGUCAAUUUUGGGUAGAACGGCAGUUUUGCAUACAGACACAUUUAUAUUACUAAGCGGUUUUUUAACUGCUAAAUCAAUGGUACGGAAUUACGCAGCGAAUCAAACAUUGGGAUUUAGACGGAUGUGCGUCGACAGGAUGUUCAGGAUAUUGCCCAGUUUGAUUGUAACAAUCAUAUUUUGCACUGAGAUUUUACCGAAUCUAUCAUCAGGACCAUACAAACCAAUGCUGGUCGGCCAUCACGCGAACUUGUGCAGGAAAUUUUGGUGGAGAAACGUGUUGUUCAUCAACAACUUAUACCCGUUCGAGGAAAUGUGCUUAACUCACACUCACCAAAUCGCGAUCGACAUGCAACUGUUUGUUGUUAGCCCUAUAAUAGUUUAUUUCCUUUUGAAGCGUCGCAUCUUCGGAUAUAUCUUAGGAUUCUCAAUAAUUUUAGCUUCGAGUAUUUUGAAGUAUUUAACAAUCGCUGAGAGGGAAUUGAGUUACAUCGUUUAUUUUGGAACAUCGGUAUCUCAGCUUUUCGAUACAGCUAAUUACAGUUAUAUUCGUGCUACGCAUAGAGUAGGGAUUUACGCAAUGGGAAUCUUCGCAGCAUUCACCAUUAGGGAUUUCAAUAAAUUCACAGUAUUCAUGAAACGCAACCCAUCGUUAUACGUGAUUUUUGGGAUGGGGAGCGGGCUUUGGGUGAUGUUGCGGCAUCAUCGGAUGGGUUUAAGCGCUUACGCUUACGACGCGAAGGAAGCUGCGGAUUUCGGGGCGAUCGGAUCGUUUCUAUGGGCCUGUUCCGUUUCCUGGACGAUACACGCAUCCGAAAAUGAUUACGGCGGAUGGUUUCCGAAACUGUUGUCCUGGAAACACUUUGCGCACUUCACGAAGAUUUCGUACGCCUUCUACUUGGUGCAAUUUCCACUGCUCUUCCAUUCGGUGGCGUCCACGAAGCAUCCCAUACCGUUUGACUCUAAUUUCUUGGAGUUGGGAGAAACUUGCCGGAUGUUCUUAGCCUCGAUACUUCUAACACUAUUAGUGGAGAUACCAUUGAGAAACGUACGCAAAUUAAAUUGUCAAUAAAGUUUUAUUUAAUCGAAUAAAUAACCAUUUUACUUUGGUGUACAACAAUAUACGAGAGCUCGAAAUUUUACCAUUCGUUUAAUUCACAAAAACAAAUAUCAAACACAGUAAAGAAUAAGAUAAGACAGUACGUGAAUGUAUGUGAUACAGAGAAAAAGAUUCAAUUUAUUAUAUAAAGAUCAAAAAUAUAUAUUAUAUAAUCAAACACUAUAUAUAUAUUUUUUU